AUGAGAACACAUAAUAUUCCCGAUUAUGAUGACUCAAAUCCACCAAAUGAACAGCUACCGAGUUAUGAAGAAGCAUUAAAUACACCGGCUUAUACCAACACCUCAACAAGCUUUAGUACUGUGUCCUCAGCAAAUUCUGUUCCACAACUUCCUAAUAGACCAAGACCGAAUCCACCACAAGCUCCUUCUUCCUCUCAGUCACAUCAUCAUCGUCAUUCAAGUAAACCCACUUCAUCUCGACCUCCUGCUCCUAACUUACCGUGGGUUUAUCCCAGAGGGUUCCAUUGCCUCAAAUGUAAUAAUACCGGUUACAAAUUGAAAAAUGGUAAAUCGUGUAAAUCAUGCUGGAGACAAUUUGCACCAACAAACAAUCUCAACCCAAUUCAAAAUUAUAAUUCUCCGUUCCAGUACUACCAAUCUCCAAUUUUCACUCCAGUUAAUACAUCUGUCCCUUAUGGAAAUAAUAAUGGAAGACCAUUAGUGGUGAGACCAGGUGAUCCAAGACUUGGAGGUAUAGUCUGUGGUAAUUGUCGGGGCUCUGGCAGGAUAAGAUUCCUACUAGAUGAAAAUAUAUGCCCUUUGUGUAAUGGUAUCGGCAGAAUAUUGAAUAAUAGGUAG